GUCGUAUUACCGCUUUUCAGCCAUCGUGAGCGAGUAUUGCAAUGCUAUCCAAAACACUACGAGUCCUCCGAUUGAAUUACGUCCUGUGCCAUCAGGGAUCACAUGUGUGUAACUAGCUACUGUACAUCUACAUACACGGUUCUUUUGUGGUGCUCAGCCCAAGUGACAGGGACUGGGAACGGCCCAAAUUUUUUGCCAAAACCCCCACCAUAAACCGAAUCGCUCUCGGACCUUGCCUCUGGAGAACGACUCUUUCCUUCUCCAAGCCAACACUACCCAACACAUCCGUAUCUAGAAAAGAUGGGCGAUCACGGGUCUAAGGCUGGCGUUGAGCCAAGCGAGCGCACUGCUAUCGGAAUCGCAUUCGGCAACUCUAACAGUUCCAUCGCCUAUGUUGUCGACGACAAGGCUGAAGUCAUUGCGAACGAGGAUGGAGACCGCCAGAUUCCCACCAUCCUGUCGUACGUCGACGGGGAUGAAUACUACGGCCAGCAAGCCAAGAACUUCCUGGUCAGGAAUCCGAACAACUCGGUCGCCUACUUCCGCGACUUUCUUGGAAAAGAGUUCCGGUCGAUUGACCCCACGCACAACCAUGCCUCCGCCCACCCGCAAGAAUCUGGAGAGACGGUCUUGUUCACAGUCAAGGAUAAGGCGGGCGAGGAAGAGGCCGCGUCAGAGCUCUCCGUCUCCGAGGUCGUCACCCGCUAUCUCCGGCGCCUGGUCAACUCGGCGUCCGAAUACCUCGGAAAGAAAGUCACGUCUGCCGUGAUCACGGUACCGACGAACUUUAACGAGAAGCAAAGAGCUGCUCUGAUUGCGGCUGCCAACGCGGCAGACCUGGAAGUCCUGCAGCUUAUUAGCGAACCCGUGGCCUCAGUGCUCGCCUAUGAUGGGCGGGCUGAGAACAAGAUCCAGGACAAGAUCAUUGUGGUGGCGGAGCUGGGCGGCACACGGUCCGACGUUGCUGUUGUGGCCAACCGGGGCGGCAUGUACACACUGCUUGCCACCGUCCACGAUUACGAGUUCCACGGUGUUGCGCUGGAUAAGGUGCUCAUGGACCACUUCGCCAAGGAGUUCAUGAAGAAGAACUCGGGCGCUAGCGACCCGCGGGAGAACGCCAAGAGCCUGGCCAAGCUGAGGCUCGAGGCCGAGUCGACCAAGCGGGCGCUGAGCCUGGGCACGAACGCGAGUUUUAGCGUCGAGAGCUUGGCAGACGGCCUUGACUUCGCCAGCACCAUCAACCGGCUGCGCUACGAGACCAUCGCACGGACCAUCUUCGAGGGCUUCAACCGCCUGGUAGAGUCGGCUGUCAAGAAGGCCGGCCUGGACGUGCUGGACGUGGACGAAGUCAUCUUGUCGGGCGGCACCGCGCACACGCCGCGCAUCGCCGCCAACUUUCGCUACAUCUUCCCUCAGACCACGAGGAUAUUGGCGCCCUCGACCGAGACGACCGCCAUCAACCCCUCAGAACUGCAGGCGCGUGGUGCCGCGCUGCAGGCCAGCCUGGUUCAGGAAUACGAGGCCGAGGAUAUCGAGCAGUCCACGCACGCGGCCGUCACAACGGUGCCGCACGUCACAAACGCCAUCGGCGUCAUCUCGACAAACGACGCCGGCGAGGAGGUCUUCGUGCCCAUCGUGCCACCCGAGACGGCGGUGCCUGCGCGGCGCACGGUCCACCUGUCGGCGCCCAAAGGUGGCGACGUCCUGGUCAAGGUUGUCGAGGGCAACACGCAUAUCAAGGUGACCAAGCCCGAGCCGAGGACAAAGGAGAACGGCACGUCCAAGGCGGCCAAGGUGGAGGAUGCCGACGAGGACGGCGACGACGACAGCGACUUCUCGGACGACGAGGAGGAGGAGGACGAGGAAAAGCGGGAAAAGGUCUGGAAGAUCGGGUCCACCCUCGCCGAGGCCGGUAUCAAGGGCGUCAAGAAGGGCGGCAAGGUCGAGGUCUCCAUCACGGUGGGUGUGGAUCUCUCGGUCAUGAUAACAGCGCGCGAGGUUGGCGCGCAAGGCGGCGUUCGGGGGACUUUGGUGAGUUCCUAGGAGGAACCUCACUUCUAUCACCCUAAACCUUCAAGAGUGCGAGGUUACGGCAACAUGCACCAUGGCAGGGCUUGGGAGAUUGCGAUGGAAACUUGAGAAGCGCACUGCGGCCCAGGCCUUGACCGGGGCGUCUGUGUCUGUGUGCGGUGCGGGACAUAUGGCAUGAUGGUGUUAUUCUGCAUGGCGGACUCGCCUAGACGAUAGAUUCAUUACACACCUUAGUUAGCUAUGUGGCUGAAAUCUCUGCAGACAGGCCCCUCGAUUCUUCUCGCAUCCGGGCUUUCUUCUCUCCUGCUGUUCCGGGUUCCCUUGGCCACACCAUACUUUCCGCCCUCGGCGAGAUCUCCUGUUCCUAGCAAUAGCACCUUUUUUGGUCUUCCCCUGGACGUUCUCACCGCAGUCGGGCAGUCUGGAAACGUACUUGAUGAAUCAGUUCCCAUCCAUCCCUCCAUUUCACCCAUCCCUUGACAAGUGUCCGUAAUGUGCGCUACC